AUAUAAUUUCUAAUUAUCUUGAAAUUAUUAAAAAUAUCGUGAAAAAUUAUACGACUUCACUAUUAAAGGAAAAUGAUUGUUUAUACAUAUUUACAAUUCAUCAUUUUUUUAAUAACUGAAAACAAUGAUAUUGUUACUAUGGCUUCAAAGAAAUAUAGUUCAGCUCUUAAUAUUCUAUAUGACUGCUUUGAAAAGUAUAAAUGUUUUCCAGAAAUUCCAAAACAGACAUUGGACCAUGAUUUAUUUCGUGAUUCUACGAUCCAAUAUUUAACCCAAGUUAUUUCUAAAACUUUUACUCCCGAAAUAAUGGUUGGAAGUGUACAAGGUAAUAUUUUAGGUAACAUGGACAAAGAUUUUGGGAAAUAUUGUUCCGCAGCUUAUUAUACUUUUUUGAUAUCUGAAAAUAAUGGAAUUUUUUUUUCAAACACUGCUGAAGGAAUAUUGGAUUUAAUAACAUUGAAAAAUUUUUCUCGUGCUAAAAUAGGGCUGUACAAUUGCUUUAAAAACAAUAAUUUAAUUUAUUUUAUAAAAAAUCGCAGAUCUUUUGAUGAAUUUUUAAAUGGUUUAAGAAAAAGAAUUAUUUCUGCCGAUGCCCUCUCUAGUAGUGUUGAUAAAGAAAUAAUUAAAUUAUUAAAAGAAGAUUCAUCAAAUUUUAAGAAUGAAAUCAUCUAUUGUUCUUCUAUUUUUUAUUCAAUAUUGUUUGAAGUGACCGAACCUGAAGGACUAAUACUUACAACAAUAGCCAAUGAAAUAAUUGAAUACUUGUCUUUAAAAAACUUACCAGAAGCACGAGAAGAAUUUUAUAAUUGCUUAAAUAACAUCGAAUUUGACGACAAUAUACAAAUAGAUAAAGAAUCAUUAUAUCCAUUUUUAAAUGACAUAAGAGAAAAGUAUGUGUCCGGUAAUUUACAACCGAUCAAAACGAGUGAAGAAGUAAAGAUAUUUAUUGGAUGGUUCGUUGAUUUAUCACUAAAUGAGACCAAUAAAGAAUUAAAGAAUGUCAAAGGAGAUCAAACAUCAAUUAAUAUAAAAUAUUUCGAAAUAUGCUGUACUAAGUUUCAUGAGAGAUUGUUUAGUGUGGAAGAACCUAUAGUAACUAAAAACAAUGAUAUAGUUACCAUGGCUUUAAAAAAAUAUACUACAGCUGUGGAUAUCCUGUAUGACUGCUUGGAAAAGUAUGCAUGUAAACCAGGAUUUCAAAAAAGAAGACUGAACUAUGAUUCAUUUCUUGAAUCUACAAUUCGUAAUUUAAAAAGUGUUAUCUCUAAAACAUCCACUCCACAAUUAAUGGUUGCGCGUGUUCAAGGAUUUCUUUUAGGUAACAAUACCGGAGGUUUUGGGAAGUAUUGUUUUGCAGCUUAUUAUACUUUUUUGAUUUCCGAAAAUAAUGGUAUUUUUUUUUCAAAAACUGUUGAAGUAAUCAUGAAUUUAAUAACAUUGAAGAAUUUACCUCGUGCUAAAACAGCGCUGUACAAUUGCUUCACGAACAAUAAUUUAAUUGAUUUUAUAAAAAAUCGCAGAUUGUUUGAUGAAUUUUUAAAUAGAUUAAGGAAAAGAAUUGUUUCUGCCGAUAUCCUACCUACAAAUGCUCAUGACGAAAUAAUUAAAUUCUUAAAUGAAGAUUUAUCAAAUUUUACAAUUGAAAUAAUUAAUUGCUCCACUAGUUUUUAUUCAACAUUGUUUGAAGUAACAGAACCUGAAAUAUUAGAAAAUGAAAACGUGGAUGAUCUUGUGUUAAAAAGAUAUGAUGUAGCAAUAGAUAUUCUGUAUGGCUGCUUAGAAAAGUAUAGAUGUUAUUCAGCAACUCGCAAAAAGAAACUGAACCAUGACUCAUUUCGUGAAUCUACGAUCCGUAAUUUAAAGGAAGUUAUAUCUAAAACUGCCACUCCUCAAGAUAUGGUUAACUGUGUUCGAGCUUUUAUUUUUGGUAAUAAUCGCAGUGACUUUGCAAUGUAUUGUUCUGCAGCAUAUUAUACUUUAAUGACUUUAGAUGAAAAUCGCUCUCAACCAUGGUUUGUCAAAGGUGAAAAGUACUUAGAAGCUCUUAAAAAUCUUUUUCGGUUUCCCCAUCAAUUGUGAUUUGAAAACCUGAACUUCUGAUAAAUUUUAAUAAGAAAAAUUGAAAAAAAAAAUAAAAAUUUUAUUUAAAUAUUUUUAUUGUUGGUGCAAUCAAAAUGGAAGAGUGGGUCGUAAAUCUGCUUUUCAUAUAAAGAGCGAUGAUUGAAUUUUUUAGUCAUGCAUAAUGAUUUUUUUGAAAACUAUUUUUAUUUUCGCUUAUUUGAAUAGCGAUUCAAAUUAAAAAUAUAUGUUGAGAAAAGAAAAGAGGACAUCAUUAUUUUUGAAAUUAUAACUUCCCCCAUGAAAUUAUUUUUUGGUUGCGCCACUGAUAUUGAUUAAUUUUAUAUUUAAUUCAUAAUAACUCAUUAUUGUAAUAAGAUUACAGUUCAAAAUAUAAUUUUGGUUUUGUCAAUCGAUACAAUUUUAUUUUAUUUAUUC